UGCUCUGUAACUUUCCUUUUUAUGAAUUCGUCUGUUUCCUUUUUGUAAUGGGUCGUGGUUAUUUUUGUAGAAAUCGAUAUCCUGGACCUCUUUCUUCUUGUUGAUUAUAUGUUUAAAUUGUGUAUUGUAUCUAUUCCUUGUUCAUUAGUUCGUUUUGGGGUUGGUCGACCCAGAAUAGCGAUUGUUGCAUAUUUUCUUGGAGGGGCUUGGUUUUUUGAACCUUUGCACAUUUUUGAAUUGUUCUUUCAUAUUGAUUUAUAUAUAUUGGAUAGAUUAAGGAAAUGGCGGAGGAGGAAGUUCUUAUUUUGAAGACAGAACACUGGGAUGAAGUUAAGAUGCCAAUAGUUGCUAAGAAGAGGAAUGUUGUUAUUCCCACUUCCUCAGAAGUUAAAUGUUGCAAUUCUGGCUGUGCUUUUUCCAGAUUAGAACAUAGUAAUUUGGAGUCAUUAAAACGUUCUAAAUCAGCUAUGAAGCUUGGUGGAAUGAUAUUGUUUUAUACCAUAGCUAUAGUAGUGGAGAUUAUUGGUGGUUUUAGAGCUAAUAGUCUUUCUGUAAUGACAGAUGCAGCUCACUUGCUCAGUGAUGUUGCUGGUUUCUCUGUUUCCCUCUUUGCAGUAUGGGUUUCGGGUUGGGAGGUGACACCGCAACACUCGUUUGGGUAUAACCGUCUUGAAGUUUUAGGUGCCCUUGUGUCUGUACAACUUAUAUGGCUGAUUUCUGGGGUAUUAAUCUACGAGGCGAUCGACCGGAUUCUUGCACAAAAGACUAAGGUGGAUGGUUUCCUUAUGUUUGCCGUCGCAGCUUUUGGAUUCAUUCUUAACUUGUUUAUGGUUAUUUGGCUUGGCCAUAGCCACCACCACCAUCACUCUCAUUCAUCUCAUUGUUGUCAUCAUGAUCAUCACUCUCAUUCUCAUUCUGAUCAGAAUCACUUGGGUCAUGAGUCUGACCAUGAAAAAGAGGAGAUUUACACAUUAACCAAACUAGAAGGUGCUUCUUUGGGAUCAAAGGACAAUAGUUCAACGUUGAACAUAAAUCUCCAAGGUGCUUACCUUCAUGUGAUAACUGAUAUGAUUCAAUCUAUUGGUGUGAUGAUUGCUGGAUUCGUUCUUUGGUUUAAACCCGAGUGGAUCGUCGUCGAUUUAAUCUGCACUCUUGUAUUUUCUGUUCUUGCUUUAGCCACUACUUUCUCUAUGCUUAGACAUAUAGCGGUUAUACUGAUGGAAGGAACACCUAGGGAGGUCCAUAUUGAGAGCUUAGAAAAUGACAUCAAGAACAUAAAAGGAGUCCAUGAUUUGCAUGACUUGCACAUUUGGUCCAUAACGGUUGGAAAAGUCGUGUUGUCGUGCCAUGUUGUUGCUGAAGCCGGAGUUUGUUCUAGGGAGCUAAUUUUGAAGAUUAAAAGCCAUUGUGAAAAGAGAUACAAUAUAGUCCAUACCACCAUACAAGUUGAGUAAGGAGAAAGGGGGAAAUAAGCAAAAGAAAGGGAAUGUAACAAACUGUACUUGUUGCCUUGGUAUAAUUGAGUUAUCAUUCAGGUGGCAUAACAUCUACUCUUCUUCGAGUUCAAGAGUUCAACAAUAUGUGAUGUGAGGAACUUGAAUUUCUUAUCUUUUGGCCGGGAGUAGAUUAUUUUUAUGCUCGUGUUGACAACCUCUGUUAUUUCUUGAGCAUUAGAAAAGUUGACAUUGACAUGUUUUUAGGUUUGUACCAAGAGUUUUAUACACGAAUGGACAUUCAUUUAUUUGUUCAUUA